GUGAGGCGGCUCGUCGACCCGCCUAUCCGAGCAGCAACGGCCAGCAGAGAAUAAAGGACAAUCUCUCAGAGUAUAACUCUGCUUCUGCGCUCGCUUCUUCUUGUAAACUUGUCUUUCGAACUCCUUUUCCCCUCAAAAUGACUGGUGGCCCGCUCACAGGGUUGCUGGUUGCGCUGUGCGUAAGCAGCGCAGUCCACGCCGUGCCAAAGAAGCAGCAGAGAAGACAGACGGGUCAGUAUCAGGUGUAUCCUGAGCUCCGUGACGCAGCGGCUGUCACUCCAGUCGGCUGUGAGGACAACGGUCGCUCCUACAGACCAAACGAGCAGUGGGAGAAGCCCUACCUCGGCAGUAUACUGGUGUGCACCUGCAGUGGAGCCGCAGGCAUCAAAUGCAAAAGUAAACCCGAAGUUGUGGACUCCUGUUAUGACAAGAACAAUGACCGGACAUAUCGGGUCGGUGAAACCUAUGAGAGACCAAAGGACGGCAUGAUGUGGGACUGUACCUGUAUUGGUUCUGGUCGGGGCAGGAUCAGCUGCACCAUCGCAAAUCGUUGCCAUGAAGGUGGCAAGUCUUACAAAAUCGGGGACACCUGGCAGAGGCCUCAUGAUUCCGCUGACUACAUGCUGGAGUGUGUGUGUCUGGGAAACGGCAAAGGAGAGUGGACAUGCAAACCUGUGGCUGAGCGUUGCUAUGACAACAGUGCUGCAUCAUCAUAUGUUGUGGGGGAGACCUGGGAGAAACUGUACCAAGGCUGGAUGAUGCUGGACUGCACGUGUCUGGGAGAGGGGAAUGGACGCAUCACAUGCACCUCAAGGAAUCGCUGCAAUGACCAGGACCCCAAGAGGGCGUACCGCAUCGGAGACACCUGGACCAAGACAGACCCAAGUGGAAAUCCCCUUCAGUGUCUGUGCUUAGGAAACGGCCGUGGAGAGUUGAAGUGUGAAAGACACAAUGCAGGCCGAACCACAGGGGCUGUUGUUUUGAACCCCACCCACACCGUGCUCCAGAAGCGUAUCGAUCCCCCCAUGGAGGGAACCUGCCGCACAGACUCCGGAGCCACCUACUACGACGGGCAGCGCUGGAUCAGAAACCAGGGCAGCAAGCAGAUGCAAUGUACCUGUCUGGGCAACGGCGUCAGCUGUCAGGAAUGGGAGAACAGAAACCACGCGUAUGGUGGGAACUCUAACGGCCAGCCCUGUGAGCUCCCCUUCGUCUUCAUGGGGAAGACCUACUACUCCUGCACCUCAGACGGACGCUCAGACGGGCAGCUCUGGUGCUCUACAUCCUCAGACUAUGAUAAAGACCAGCAGUAUUCCUUCUGUACUGAGAGGAAUGCCAUUGUGGCAACACGAGGUGGAAACUCCAAUGGCGCCCUGUGCCACUUCCCCUUCCUCUACAGCGGACGCAAUUACACCGACUGCACAGCUGACGGACGCCGUGAUGGCAUGAGGUGGUGUGGUACCACCUACAACUACGACACAGAGCAGCACUUUGGAUUCUGCCCCAUGGCCGCCCAUGAGGAGGUGUGUACCACCAACGAUGGAGUGAUGCACCGUGUUGGCGACAAGUGGGACAAACGCCACGACAUCAUGGGUCACAUGAUGGAGUGCACGUGCCUGGGUAACGGCCGUGGGGAGUGGAGCUGCAUUGCUCACUCACAGCUGCAAGAUCAGUGUAUUGUUGACAGCCUCACCUAUGAAGUAAACCAAGAGUUCUCCAAACGCCACGACGAGGGCUACAUGAUGAACUGCACCUGUUUCGGGCAGGGACGUGGACGCUGGAAGUGUGACGCUGUCGAUCAGUGUCAGGAGCCGCAAACCAGGGAGUUCCAUCAGAUCGGAGAGGCUUGGGACAAGGUAAUCCAUGGCAUCCAAUACCGCUGUUAUUGCUACGGCAACGGGAUCGGCGAGAUGAGAUGUGAACCCCAGCAGACGUACCAAGAUCGCUGCAAUGACCAGGACCCCAAGAGGGCGUACCGCAUCGGAGACACCUGGACCAAGACAGACCCAAGUGGAAAUCCCCUUCAGUGUCUGUGCUUAGGAAACGGCCGUGGAGAGUUGAAGUGUGAAAGACACAAUGCAGGCCGAACCACAGGGGCUGUUGUUUUGAACCCCACCCACACCGUGCUCCAGAAGCGUAUCGAUCCCCCCAUGGAGGGAACCUGCCGCACAGACUCCGGAGCCACCUACUACGACGGGCAGCGCUGGAUCAGAAACCAGGGCAGCAAGCAGAUGCAAUGUACCUGUCUGGGCAACGGCGUCAGCUGUCAGGAAUGGGAGAACAGAAACCACGCGUAUGGUGGGAACUCUAACGGCCAGCCCUGUGAGCUCCCCUUCGUCUUCAUGGGGAAGACCUACUACUCCUGCACCUCAGACGGACGCUCAGACGGGCAGCUCUGGUGCUCUACAUCCUCAGACUAUGAUAAAGACCAGCAGUAUUCCUUCUGUACUGAGAGGAAUGCCAUUGUGGCAACACGAGGUGGAAACUCCAAUGGCGCCCUGUGCCACUUCCCCUUCCUCUACAGCGGACGCAAUUACACCGACUGCACAGCUGACGGACGCCGUGAUGGCAUGAGGUGGUGUGGUACCACCUACAACUACGACACAGAGCAGCACUUUGGAUUCUGCCCCAUGGCCGCCCAUGAGGAGGUGUGUACCACCAACGAUGGAGUGAUGCACCGUGUUGGCGACAAGUGGGACAAACGCCACGACAUCAUGGGUCACAUGAUGGAGUGCACGUGCCUGGGUAACGGCCGUGGGGAGUGGAGCUGCAUUGCUCACUCACAGCUGCAAGAUCAGUGUAUUGUUGACAGCCUCACCUAUGAAGUAAACCAAGAGUUCUCCAAACGCCACGACGAGGGCUACAUGAUGAACUGCACCUGUUUCGGGCAGGGACGUGGACGCUGGAAGUGUGACGCUGUCGAUCAGUGUCAGGAGCCGCAAACCAGGGAGUUCCAUCAGAUCGGAGAGGCUUGGGACAAGGUAAUCCAUGGCAUCCAAUACCGCUGUUAUUGCUACGGCAACGGGAUCGGCGAGAUGAGAUGUGAACCCCAGCAGACGUACCAAGACGGCCACAGACCCGUGCAGGUGAUCAUUACCGAGGCUGGAAAACAGCCAGACUCCCACCCCAUCCAGUGGAACGCCCCUUCAUCUGUUCACAUCACCCAGUACAUCCUCAAAUGGAGAGUUAAAAAUGCACGAGCACCCUGGAGGGAGGUCACCAUCCCCGGCCACCUCAACUCUUACACCAUCGGUGGGCUGCGUCCAGGCAUCACAUACGAGGGUCAGCUGAUCAGCGUCCUGCGUUACGGACGCCGCGAGAUCACACGCUUCGAUUUCACUACUACCCACGGUUCCUUGGAAACGUCAGAGGGAGAGACAACGCAGCUUCCUGCAGAGGUGGACACCUCAGAGUCAGUGACAGAGAUCACCUCAAACAGCUUCGUCGUGUCCUGGACCUCAGCCUCUUCUACCAUCUCUGGCUUCAGGGUGGAGUAUGAGCUCAGCGAAGAUGGGGCGAAGCCGAAAGUUCUGAAUGUUCCCCGCACGGCCACCUCUGUCACCAUCGCUGAUCUGCUGCCAGGACGCAGGUACAACGUCAACGUCUUCGAGCUCCCAGAUCAGGGGCAGCCGAACCUCAUCCUGACCACGUCUCAGACCACAGCUCCUGACACACCUGCCAAGCAUGCUGUCGGUGAGGUGGCAGAUACCUCCAUUCGAAUCAGCUGGUCUAAACCUCAGGCUCCAAUCACUGGUUACCGUGUGGUGUACACGCCUUCAGUGGAAGGCAGCAGCACGGAGCUGAACCUGCCAGACUCAGAGACUUCAGUGACCCUGGUUGACCUUCGCCCCGGCCUUCUGUACAACAUCAGCAUCUACGCUGUAGAGGAGAAUCAGGAGAGCGAGCCUGUGUUUGUACAGGUCACCACCAGUGGGUCUCCUCUGCCUGAGGUGGUCCCGGCGCCCACAGACCUGCAGUUCUACGAGGUUUCAGAUGUGAUGAUCACCAUAACCUGGACCGGUCCACCCAGCGAGGUGACUGGUUACAGGGUGAUCUUCUCCCCCAUUGGCCCCGAUGGCACUGACACGAGGCCCCUACAGCUGCCCAUCUCCCCCAACGCAUAUGCUGACAUCACCCACCUGCAGCCAGGCACACUCUACCGUUUCUACAUCUACGCCAUCAGUGGCGGAGUGGAAAGCGAGCCACUCAUUGGACAAACGUCUACCAAACCUGAUUCUCCCACCAGUGUUCACUUCACUGACAUCGGCCCUGACAAUGCGAUGGUCACCUGGGAGGCUCCCCGUGCCAUUGUCACCGGCUACCGUCUCUUCCUGAGCAUCGAGGGCUCCAACCCCAUCGAGAAGAGGAUCCCGGGCCGGGUCACUCAGUUCCCGCUGAGGAAUCUGCGGCCAGACACCCAGUACACUGCCACUCUGCACUCUGAGCUGGACAACCAGCUCAGUGAGGGCGUCAAAACGUAUUUUACUACUGCCCCCCAGAUGGGAAAUGCUCCACCUUUUAGCACAGAGGUCACUGACGCUUCUAUCAUCAUCACCUGGAUCCCUGUACAAAGGUUCAGCUACAAGCUGUCGGUGCUGCCCAGCCAGGAAGGCGAGUCUCCCAGAGAAGAGACCUCUGACUCUGGACGUAUUCUUAUCCCAGAUUUGAUUUCUGGAAAUCAGUACACAUACAGCGUUCAGCCCAUCUUCAACGGACGCAACCGUGGAAACCCCAUCACCCGCACCGUUGUCACUUCCCUGUCUCCUCCCACUGACCUCAGAGUGGAGUCCAACCCGAACACAGGAGAUCUCACUGUCCACUGGGUAGCCUCCAAAACACCAGGCUUCACAGGAUACAGGGUGACGAGCACGCCGACCAACGGCCAGCGAGGAAACUCCCUCGAGGAGUUUGCCCGACCUGAUCAGACCUCGAUGAUCCUAGAGAACCUUGAUCUGGGGGUGGAGUACAACAUCAGCGUCUUCACCACAAAGGGCCAUUUGGACAGUGUGCCCGUGUCCACUAUUGUCACACCAGAAAUCCCCACACCAAGUCAAAUUGACUUUGUCGACAUUACUGACACCACCAUUGGCCUGCGCUGGAUACCUCCCAACUAUACUGCCAUUACUGGUUACCGGAUAAUGGUAGUUACAUCAGGCGAGAGCUUGCCAAUUUUUCAAGAUAUGGUGGAAGCAUCUGCUGGUUAUUACACGAUUCACGGUUUGGAGCCCGGCGUGGACUAUGACAUCAGUAUCGUCACUGUUACGGAGGAGGGGGAAAGCGAGCCGACCACAUACACAAAGCAAACACAAGCUGCCAUUCCGGCUCCCACCAACUUGCAGUUUGGAGGAGUGGGUCCUGAUCACAUCAGGGUGACCUGGACAGUCCCGCAUGUGGCCACACCGAGCGACAUAUCUCGGUUUGUCAUCCGUUACCACCCUGUGGCCACAGAUGAUGACAUCAAGGAGGUCAAUGUUGGCGGAGCCACCAACACCUUCCUGCUGCAGAAUCUGCUGCCCAACACAGAUUACCGCAUCAGUGUGGUGUAUGUGUACGGUGAACGAGAAAGUCAACCAGCCACAGGAACUCAGAGGACAACUCUGGACUCCCCCACUGGCUUGGACUUCUCUGAGAUCCAGACCAACUCCUUCACUGUUCACUGGCUCGCUCCAACCGCAGCCAUCACCGGCUACCGCAUCCGCUACCAGCAGACGAGCGGCGGGCGGACCAAGGACGAGAGGCUGCCCCCGACCAGGAACCGCUUCACCCUGACUGGACUGACACCAGAGACGGAGUACCUGAUAAAUGUGUAUGCUGUCAACAACAAUCAGGAGAGUCAGCCUCUCACUGGCACACAGGCCACCAUCUCUGAUGCUCCCACUGAUCUGGAGGUAACAUCGUCCACCCCCACCAGCAUCACCAUCCGCUGGGACGCUCCCUCGGUCACAGUGAAUAACUACCGGAUCACCUACGGAGGGACAAGUGGCGAGACUCCUCAAGAAUUCAACAUCCCGGGCAGUCAGACCACCGCCACCAUCACUGGUCUCAAUCCCGGUACUGAUUACACCAUCACGGUCUACGCCGUCACUUCACGAGGGGACAGCCCUGCCUCCAACACGCCGGUCUACAUCACACACAAGACUGAUAUCGAGACUCCCACUGACAUGAAAGUAACUGAUGUGAGCGACAACGCCAUCACAGUGCGCUGGUCUCCUGCUCAGGGGCCAAUCAGAGGCUACAGGGUCACCAGUGUGCCAAAGAACGGGCUGGGACCCUCCUACGAUGAGGUGGUGGCACCUGAUCGGACACAGAUAACAUUCACAGGUCUGAUGCCCACUGUCGAGUACGUUGUUAGUGUCUACGCCCUGGGCAACGAUGGACAGCCCUCUUCCCCUGCAGUGGACAACACCAUCACUGCUAUGGAUCGUCCCAAGGACCUGACCUUCUCCGACAUCGACUCCACCUCUAUGCGCAUCACUUGGGACAGCCCCGAUGGCACAGUGACAUCAUACCGCGUCACGUACUCCAGCUCAGAGGAGGGUGAGAAGGAGCUGCGUCCUGCACCCAGACCUGACCAGGACAGUGUGUUGCUGAGAGGCCUUCGUCCCGGGACCGAGUACACGGUGAAAGUCUUCGCUCUCCAUGGCCGCAAACCCAGCACACCCUUAGUGGGAACUCAGGCCACAGUGAUCCCUGCUCCGACCGACCUGGUGAUCUCUGAGGUCGGUCCCUCUACCUUCACUGUGUCAUGGCGAGCCCCCACUGCUCGCCUGUCGGGCUACCGCGUGGUCGUCAUCCCCAAGAACAUCAACAGCCCCACCAAAGAGAUGAAUGUUGCUCCAGACACCACACGUGUCGUCGUACCCGGGCUCAUGGUGGCAACCACAUACCAGAUACAGGUCUACGCUCUGAAGAACUCUGUUUCCAGCAGACCACUGGAGGGAGAGACCACCACGCUGGAAGAUGUGAGUCCUCCUCGCCGUGUGCGUAUCUCUGAUGUGAAGGACUCUUCCUUCACCCUGAACUGGCGCACCAAGAUAGAAACCAUCAGUGGUUUCCUGAUCGAUGCCACGCCUGUCGGUGGCUCGCGCCCAACCAUCAGCAGGACCAUCCCAGGAGAGACACGCACCUACACACUCACAGGUCUGCAGCCUGGCACCACGUACACUGUUAAUCUGUACACUCUGAAUGGCAACACAAGGAGCGCCCCGUUUACGCUCACAAUUCAAACAGCUCAACCAGUGGUCCAGGCUCCCACCAACAUUCAGUUCACAUCUAUGACCCCCACCUCCAUCUCCUUCACCUGGCAGCCUCCUGCCACGCAGAUCACAGGAUACUACAUCACCUACGAGGAGCAAUACGGAGCGCCACGGGAGCUGUUCCCUCAACCCCACGCUGGUCAAAACUACGCCACCGUCUCUGGCCUGAAACCAAGCACAGAGUACAUCAUCAAGAUCAUUGCCAUCCAGAACACACAGAGAAGCACGCCUCUGGUGGGCAGAAUCAGGACUCAACCAAGCUCCCUGCUUCCCCUGCCUCUGCCCCACCACCCUGGUGAUGACAAGCUGGAUGUGCCAGAAACUCACUUGGACAAUAGAGUCCAUGUAGUGGGUCCCAAUGGCCAGGAUGGGCUUGGCGAUCACAACCAGCAUGUGGAGUACACAGAGUACAACAACAAUGGAGACAACAAGUUUAAUGGAAACAGUGGCCACCCACAAUACCCCUAUGGGCAAGUGCGUGAGCCCCUGGUCUUUGUGCCCCUCCCUGAUGCAGAGGGCCGCAGAUUGCCCAUACUGAAGCUGAACGUGCCCGUUGGCUCCGCGUUUGGUAAUGACACAGGGGUGCCACAGGAGGCCCAAACUCAGACCACCAUCUCCUGGAAGCCUUACAGUCAGAGCAACGCCUACCUGGUGUCCUGCCAACCUCUCACACAAUUAAAUGAGAAGAUGUUCCAGGUCCGUCUGCCAAACUCAGCCACCACAGCCACCCUGAUAGGACUCACCCCUGGAGCGAACUACAAGGUGCUCGUGGAGGCUCUGAUGGGGGCGCUCAAACACAAGAUUCUGGAGCAGGUUGUCACUGCUGGAAACACAAUCCCAGAAGGAGGGCCCUCCACCGGGGACUCGUGUUAUGAUGCCUUUACUGCAACCCACCAUGACGUUGGCGCUGAGUGGGAGCGGAUGUCCGAGACCGGCUUCAAGCUGUGGUGCAAGUGCCUGGGUCUGGGAAGUGGCCACUUCAGAUGUGAUUCAUCCAAGUGGUGCCAUGACAACGGCGUCAACCAUCGCAUUGGAGAGAAGUGGGACCGCCGUGCAGAGAAUGGUCACUUAAUGAGCUGCACUUGUUUGGGAAACGGCAAAGGAGAGUUCAAGUGUGAACCACAUGAAUCCACGUGCUAUGAUGAAGGGAAAACGUACCAGGUGGGCAACCACUGGCAGAAGGAGUACCUGGGCGCCAUCUGUACCUGCACAUGCUUUGGGGGUCAACAGGGCUGGCGAUGUGAGAACUGCCGCAGACCAGGUGCUGAUGUUGAUGCCAGUCUGCUGCAGCCUGUGAGAUAUGGAGAAAACACCCUGCACAAAAUGAAUAUUCAUUGCCCCAUCGAGUGCCUCCGACCCGAGCUGCUGGCAGAUGCACUCGCUCCACCAGUUCCCCGGGAAUAAAAGGAUCAGUCGUCCGACAUUUGCUUUGCUCCCUCACCGUCCAAACGCUGCACUGUCUCUCCCUGUAGAAGCCACGCUGUCUGUGACUGGACCGAACCAACUGCCUGAUCACUUUCUGACACUUCUCGCCAAAGAUGUUACACCGCCUUGCUGCCUUAAUCAUUAGCUUUUAUUAUCAUUAUCAAAUUCUCUAAAUUUUUAUUUUGUAAGGUUUCCAUCCAUGGAAGUAAUUUCGGGCUUGUGUCAUAUUUAUACUCUUGUCAAACUGGCAUUUGUUUCUGAUUUAAGAAUUCUAAAACAUUUCCUUAUCGAAAGAACAAAAGCUGUCAGAAAGUAAGCACUGCUAAAGAAUGUCAAUGUAGCUUUGUCCAUGAAGAAGUGUUUCUCUUUUUCUGUAGCCCCUCUUCUGUCCCCUAGGGGUCGCACUGUGUGUGAUUGACACUUUCUUAUCCCCAAAUAUCUUUGUACUAAUUUAUCCCUUUAAUCUCAAGGUGUGAAUGUGUGAACUGGGAUGUGAGAAUUUGAACUGUUCUAUUUUUGUACUUUGUUGUCAGUGCCAAAGUUGUUUCUAUCUUUGACAGAAAGAAGUCCCUUGUUUUAAUAAAGCUGGAGAAAUCCUGAAACCUUA